GGUGCAUACGUUUAUUGUCACAUGACAUUUUGUUUCACCAGUGGAAUGUAGACCAACCGAAAGCAGCAUUUUAUCAUAAACUGAUGUAACAUUAAAUGGAACUAUCAUCUCGGUGACAUGACAGCUUGUCAGGUUGUCACCGCCAUGUCUCUCAGGGGCGACCGUACCUCCGUGUUCACGUUCCAGUCUACGGUUCACAGCUCCCACGUCCUGACGCGUCUCAACGACCAGAGACUGAGUGAUGUGUUGUGUGAUGUUACACUAGUGGCAGGUGGCAGGGCGUUCAGGGCCCACUGCUCUGUACUGGCCUCCUGUAGUGACUACUUCCACAGCAGGAUCCUCAACCACACCAGCCCCAGCCUGGUGCUCACUCUGCCUGAUCAGGUAACAGCAGAGGGGUUUGAACCAUUGCUACAGUUCUGCUACACCUCCAAGCUGCUCUUCACCAAAGACAAUAUCAUGGCCAUCCACAGGUGUGCCGGGCUCCUGGGGUUUCACAACCUGGAGACUAGCUGCUUCGACUUCCUUCUGCCAAAGUUCCUAGAGGGUAGCAACAUUACAGCCCAGGAGACAAGAAGAAGAAGAAGAGGAGGCUGCUGUCAGGGCAGGUCCCAGAUCAGGUCCUCCAACCAGGGAAGAUUGCCUAGUGGCAGGUCCCCCGGCCAGAGGAGGUCCCCCAGUGUCGAGUCAGCCCACUGUACAGGCUGUCAGUCUCAAAGCAGGACCCCCAACCAGAGCAUGACCCCCAGCCAGGGCUUGUUGCCUAGUGGCAUGACCCCCAGCCAGGGCAUGUUGCCUAGUGGCAGUUUAGCCCACAAUACAGACACCAACCGAGACCGAGAGCAGCAGGUUAUACCUCAUCCCAAGAACACGGGCCCAAGCCAGACAACAGGAAGUGAUGUCAGGAACAUAGGAAGUGACGUCAGGGCACAGUGUUCAACUGCCAACCCAAGUGGAACAAUGUCACACCAGAGUUUAACAGUGCCUUCGGACGGAAACUUACAAAUAAACUUUCUGUCGUCAUCCCGAUGUCCAAAGAGCCUGGCCUUACUAGUCAACCCGGUCAGCAGUGGUCGGGAGAAGUUCUGUUUACAGACCUGUGGCCCCAACAUGUCACCCUUAUCCCUCGGGGGACUGCCGUCCUCCAGUGGUCUUGGUGUCUGUCCCAUCCUGGCUAUGCCGUGUCCUGGUGGUGUUGACCGUAAGCCAGACCCCGACUCCGUUUUCAGUGAUGGAGACAUCCUAGGGAUGGAGGCAGCGGUGUGUCCCAUGACGAUGGGUGAGGGGAGUCUGAGAGAUUGCCCACUCUCCUGUGAACUGCCGUCCCAUGACGACGCGAGCCCAUCAGACCUUAUUGAGGCAACGGUUGGAGAGAUGGAUGAUGACCAGCCUGUUGUUGGGAGUCUGAUGGCUGAAGAAGCUGGGUGUAACCCAGGUUCCUGUAGCACGUGCCCACUGAGAGGCUCAGGGGUGGUAGAGGAGGCUGAGCUUCAGCUACCUGUAUUGGAUCUCCUGGCAAUACACAAAAGCCCUAACUCAGAAAAUAGUGAGGGGGAGAGCCAUGGUGGAUGCCUUAUGCUCCCAAGGCCACGACGAUUAGGUCAAGUAGAUCAGCUACCUGUGUUAAUGCAGAGAGAGGACCCUGGUCUGGAUGGCAGCGUGGCUGUUGAGGGUCAUCUCCCUGACUCCGCCCUCUCUGACCCCUCCCUCUCUGACCCCACCCUCUGUGGUCUUACCCCUGAUGGUAGGGGGUAUGGAGAGCGGAGCAGCGUGGAGAGGGAGGUGGCUGAACAUCUGGCCAAGGGUUUCUGGCCUGAUUUAUACCCCUCACAGACUGAACCUCUCCCUAGUCUCCCUAAUCUGGACACCAUGGAGCACGGAGGUCUGGGGAGAGUUCCUAAUCUGGACACCAUGGAGCACGGAGGUCUGGGGAGAGUUCCUAAUCUGGACACCAUGGAGCACGGAGGUCUGGGGAGAGUUCCUAAUCUGGACACCAUGGAGCACGGAGGUCUGGGGAAGGCUACAGACUUCCCCUGGCAGCUAGACCUGAACUCAAAUCCAGCAGACUGUCCCUUCCUUAGAGACCUGGGGACAGGAGAGGCAGAGGGGAUGGAAGAGGUAGGGGGGGUGGGGGAGAUGGGUAAGGUAGGACAGACGGGUGUGAUGGGUGGGGUGGAGGAGACCGGGGAGGCUCAGACCCCCGGUGGAAACCACAGCCUGUCCCAGUCUGAGAUGAGUCCCUACAUGUCAUCUCUUAACUCAGGAGAGGACUCAGACGGAGACCUGGACACAGACGGAGACACGGAGAGAGAGGCCAACAACAGGAGAGCACAAGAGGUUCGUCUGCCCUUCCCGGUGGUUCAGAUCUCGUCAGUGAGUCGUAGUGCCUUCCAACAGCUCCUCCGAUGCCAGCAGCUGACCCACGAACAGCUGGAAUUCGUCCACGACGUCCGCCGACGCAGCAAGAACCGCGUGGCCGCCCAGCGCUGUCGCAAGAGGAAGCUAGAAGGCAUCAGUCAACUACAGACUGAGAUCGGCACACUGAGAGGAGAGAAGAAGAGGUUGCUGGAGGAGCAGGCCCAUCUGCAGAGGAACAUGGAGGAGAUGUUACAGAGUCUGACAGGGCUGUGUCACAGCGUCUGCAACGAGGCAGGGGUCUGUCAUGAGCAGGACCAGCUACAGCUCCUAUCCAAGCUCCAGUCUCCUGACGUCUCUGUCUCAGCCCUCCUCAACACUCUGGCCUCCCCCAGCCUCCCCCUCUCCUCUCCCGGCCUCCCCCUGGGACUGAAGCCAGAGAGCUUAGAGCCCCAACCCUUGCCUACACCACCAGCACCAGCACAGCCCUAGAACCAAUCACAGCCCCAACCCCUGCCUAUACCACAACCACCAGCACAGCCCUAGACCCAAUCACAGCCCCACCACUGCCUUAACCUGCCCUAGAGAACUGCCCCAAGGCUGUCCCAACCUGCCCUAGAGAACUGCCCCAAGGCUGUCCCAACCUGCCCUAGAGAACUGCCCCAAGGCUGUCCCAACCUGCCCUAGAGAACUGCCCCAAGGCGGUCCCAACCUGCCCUAGAGAACUGCCCCAAGGCGGUCCCAACCUGCCCUAGAGAACUGCCCCAAGGCAGUCCCAACCUGCCCUAGAGAACUGCCCCAAGGCAGUCCCAACCUGCCCUAGAGAACUGCCCCAAGGCGGUCCCAACCUGCCCUAGAGAACUGCCCCAAGGCGGUCCCAACCUGCCCUAUAGACUGCCCCAAGGCAGUCCCAACCUGCCCUAUAGACUGCCCCAAGGCUGUCCCAACCUGCCCUAGAGAACUGCCCCAAGGCGGUCCCAACCUGCCCUAGAGAACUGCCCCAAGGCGGUCCCAACCUGCCCUAUAGACUGCCCCAAGGCAGUCCCAACCUGCCCUAUAGACUGCCCCAAGGCUGUCCCAACCUGCCCUAGAGAACUGCCCCAAGGCUGUCCCAACCUGCCCUAGAGAACUGCCCCAAGGCUGUCCCAACCUGCCCUAGAGAACUGCCCCAAGGCGGUCCCAACCUGCCCUAGAGAACUGCCCCAAGGCGGUCCCAACCUGCCCUAGAGAACUGCCCCAAGGCGGUCCCAACCUGCCCUAGAGAACUGCCCCAAGGCGGUCCCAACCUGCCCUAGAGAACUGCCCCAAGGCGGUCCCAACCUGCCCUAUAGACUGCCCCAAGGCAGUCCCAACCUGCCCUAUAGACUGCCCCAAGGCAGUCCCAACCUGCCCUAGAGAACUGCCCCAAGACGGUCCCAACCUCAUCCUGCCCCAGAGAACUGCCCCAAUGCUGUCCCAUCCUGCCCCAAUGCUGUCCCAUCCUGCCCCAAUGCUGUCCCAUCCUGCCCCAGAGAACUGCCCCAAUGCUGUCCCAUCCUGCCCCAGAUAACUGCCCCAAGGCUGUCCCAUCCUGCCCCAGAGAACUGCCCCAAGGCUGUCCUAACCUGCCCUUGAGAACUGCCCCAAGGCUGCACCAACCUCAACCUGCCCCAGAGAACUGCCCCAAUGCUGUCCCAUCCUGCCCCAGAGAACAGCCCCAAUGCUGUCCCAUCCUGCCCCAGAGAACUGCCCCAAUGCUGUCCCAUCCUGCCCCAGAGAACUGCCCCAAUGCUGUCCCAACCUCAACCUGCCCCAGAGAACUGCCCCAGAGAACUGACCCAAUGCUGUCCCAUCCUGCCCCAAUGCUGUCCCAACAUCAACCUACCCCAGAGAACUGCCUAGCGCUACAUAGCAACAUAUAAAUUCAGAGCCAUAUACUGUCUAGACUAUAGAUAAUAUAGAUCUGUUAUUGGAUAUAACUCUAUACUGUCUAGACUAUAGAUAAUAUAGAUCUGUUAUUGGAUAUAACUCUAUACUGUAUAGAUAAUAUAGAUCUGUUGUUGGAUAUAACUCUAUACUGUAUAGAUAAUAUAGAUCUGUUAUUGGAUAUAACUCUAUACUGUAUAGAUAAUAUAGAUUUGUUAUUGGAUAUAACUCUAUACUGUAUAGACUAUAGAUAAUAUAGAUCUGUUAUUGGAUAUAACUCUACUGUCUAGACUAUAGAUAAUAUAGAUCUGUUAUUGGAUAUAACUCUAUACUGUAUAGAUAAUAUAGAUCUGUUGUUGGAUAUAACUCUAUACUGUAUAGAUAAUAUAGAUCUGUUAUUGGAUAUAACUCUAUACUGUAUAGAUAAUAGAUUUGUUAUUGGAUAUAAUUCUAUACUGUAUAGACUAGAUAAUAUAGAUCUGUUAUUGGAUAUAACUCUAUACUGUAUAGACUAUAGAUAAUAUAGAUCUGUUAUUGUAUAUAACUAUACUGUAUAGACUAUAGAUAAUAUAGAUCUGUUAUUGGAUAUAACUCUAUACUGUAUAGAUAAUAUAGAUCUGUUAUUGGAUAUAACUCUAUACUGUAUAAACUAUAGAUAAUAUAGAUCUGUUAUUGGAUAUAACUCUAUACUGUAUAGAUAAUAUAGAUCUGUUAUUGGAUAUAACUCUAUACUGUAUAAACUAUAGAUAAUAUAGAUCUGUUAUUGGAUAUAACUCUAUACUGUAUAGACUAUAGAUAAUAUGGAUCUGUUAUUGGAUAUAACUCUAUACUGUAUAGACUAUAGAUAAUAUAGAUAUGUUAUUGGAUAUAACUCUAUACUGUAAAGACUAUAGAUAAUAUAGAUCUGUUAUUGGAUAUAACUCUAUACUGUAUAGAUAAUAUAGAUCUGUUAUUGGAUAUAACUCUAUACUGUAUAGACUACAGAUAAUAUAGAUCUGUUAUUGGAUAUAACUCUAUACUGUAUGGCUCAGAUGAACUCUCACUGUUAUUCACUGUCUCAGUUUACGUCCCAAAUGGCACACUAUUCAGUGCCCUACUUUUGACCAAGACCUAUAGGGCUCUGGUCAAAAGGUAGUGCACUAGAUAAGGAUCAAAUCAAAUGUAUUUAUAAAGCCCUUCGUACAUCAGCUGAUAUCUCAAAGUGCUGUAUAGAAACCCAGCCUAAAACCCCCCAAACAGCAAGCAAUGCAGGUGUAGAAGCACAGAACAGUCUAAUCAGUCUGAAAAUUGAAGUGGAGCAGAAUGACAUGUUUGUUUGUUUUUUUAAGACACUUUUGAAUGACUUGGUGUAUGAACCGAAUAGACUUUAGCUCAGUGGGAUUUUACAACACAGUAUCGUGACAGCAGGACACCUGGAUUCUAACCCUGGUCGGCGAAGGUCACAAACCUCUUUUUGAAGGUUUUACUGUCAUGUUUUCAGGAUGCAUGUGCCCCUUUUCCCCAUGAUAUUUAUCGUGACAGUAUGCAUACCUGUUAGGGUGUAGGAUGUGGAUCUCUUUCUGACUACAUUUACAUGUGCUUUUUACCUGCCCUAACUGUACAGCAUAAUAUCCAUGCAACUUAAAUACAGUAUUUCCUCAAUGAACAUAAUAUCCUUGCAAUUUAAAUACAGUAUUUGUCAUUAGCAUAAUAUCCAUUCAAUUUAAAUACAGUAUUUGUCAUUAGCAUAAUAUCCAUUCAAUUUAAAUACUGUAUUUGUCAUUAGCAUAAUAUCCAUUCAAUUUAAAUACAGUAUUUGUCAUUAGCAUAAUAUCCAUUCAAUUUAAAUACCGUAUUUGUCAUUAGCAUAAUAUCCAUUCAAUUUAAAUACCGUAUUUGUCAUUAGCAUAAUAUCCAUUCAAUUUAAAUACAGUAUUUGUCAUUAGCAUAAUAUCCAUUCAAUUUAAAUACAGUAUUUGUCAUUAGCAUAAUAUCCAUUCAAUUUAAAUACUGUAUUUGUCAUUAGCAUAAUAUCCAUUCAAUUUAAAUACAGUAUUUGUCAUUAGCAUAAUAUACAUUCAAUUUAAAUAGAAUGUUUCUCACUUAAAAAAAUAGCCAUUCAAUUUGAAUCCAGUAUUUUGUCACUAAAUUUGAGAUUCUCUGUAGGUGCACAAUACCAAGCACACAGCCAAUAGACUUUGACCAUCAUCUCUCUUUGCAUUAAUUAAUUCAUUUGAAUUCAUGAAUCUCAGGAAACCACUUAGCCCAUUUAUCUGUUCAGCCAUUCUUUCAUUCGCCCAUCCAUCAGUAGUUUGAUUUGCUGAGUGAGGUAAAUGAAGAUCAUGAUAGGUUUUUUUUUUGGUCAUUUUAGAUCAUUUUAACAAGUCGUCUAUUUUUUUUUUU